UCUGCCUGAUUUGAUACUUAUUGACUUGUUGAUACAAGGACUGCUACCUUGUCUUUUUCUCGUCUUCGUCCUCUUCCUUUCGCUCAUUGGGCAAGCACCUUGACUCGCUCAUCAUGCCAACUCCACGAUGGCUUCAGCAUCCAGUCGCCGUUUUCCUCCUUCCUCUCAUUACUUUCCUAUGCCUCCCACAACUCUACAAGCUUCUGCCCUAUGGCACGGACCCUUCAUACGAUGAUACUAAACUGCAGAGGAUCGCAAGUCUGAUGGAUGACAUAUACUCCAUCCUCGUCAACUCGACCUUCAUUCCUCACAAUGCUAUCACCCGCGGUCCACAUCUCAUCAACACAACAGCCAUACCAUGCAAACCCAGUGCCUCAGUGCUUCGCCUCAUGGAGCUUCUGCCGUACGUCGAUCUCUCGCUAGUCCAAGAACCUGACUGGAUAUACGGCGGGCACUUCAUGGACUACCGGAACCCAGAACACCUUGCAGGACUCUGCGACCCCUUACGUGGGCAGAGUAUUGGAUGGACUGACUACAUGGCGCCCUCCGAUGUUGCAUUGACGAACUGGGGUACCGGAGGAUGGAACAACGAUCGCACCUGGGUAAUGAUAUACAACACCGAAAGAGACGCGAUCAGGAUCUUCGAUGCUGAGAUGUGGAUAGAGGAAACUCAAGCCCAACAUGAAUUUGGCGAAGAGAUGGAAGGCUGGUGGUUUGAGGACAUCGGUGAAUGGGGGAUGUGGUCCAGAGAAGAUGGCGCACCACACAUCCUGCGCGCUAUCGCGAACAACUACCGGAGUCUGAAGUGGACGCCGUGGCGUACAUCAAAUCGAGAAGAGGGCUUCGGCGUCCCACCGCAAACCAUCGAGACACUUCUCCAACGCAAUGGCUGGCCGAAUGUAUUCAAUUCUGAUCAUUUCAAUGCUGAGUUCAUCCGCGCGCAACAUAAGCCAUCGGGCAAAGGCCACGCUGAAGCAGCACACAGGCUUAUCGACAGUCUUGCAGGCUACAACAGGACCAUCGUGGAAGACGACAUCACCUCAUACGAAGCCGACCCGGGUCGUAUUUACUACAUGCAACAGAGGCUCCAUCAUCACCGCGAAGCGCUCGCAAAGUCCGCAGAUAUGGAAGAGCAACAAUUGCAUGAGUGGCGCAUCCAGCGAACCACCUGGGCUCUCAAGGAUUUGCAGGCCGACCUUGAAACUGCACAAGCAGAAGUCGCAACGCUUUGUCCAGACGGUGCUUGCGUGAAAGAGGAGGACAUGAUCUUGUGGGAGUUUGUGGCUCUGCAACGCACGCACGAGGAAGCACGGUAUACUAACUCUAGCAAGAAGUGUGAACAUCAACUUUUCUAUUACCCUUCCAAUGAUCCGGAAUGGCUAGAGAAGUGCAUCAAAAACAAAGCCACUAAGCGAACAUGGCUAGACAUGGCGUUUGAGCAGUCACAAACCGAAGCUUUAGCACACUGCGAAGAAACCGGCUGCGAAUUGGUUCCCUUCCAAGAUGUCUUUAGCCGUGUGCGAAACAAGAUUGCGGAAAUCGAACGUAUCAUUGUCAGCGACACCGCGGGACUCGAACGGAUGGAAACAGAAUAUCAGCACAAAAUCCCAGAAUUUGGAACAAAAGCGAGGAAUGAAUUUGCAAUGGACGAUUCUGCGUUGGCGAACGGGAGAUGGUAUCUCAAGGACAAGAUUGAACUGCUUGAGGAUGAGAUGGCGAAGUUGGAGAGGGGCGAGGGGUCUGAGAGGGAGAGGAAGUGGCUGUUUGACUAUCUGAGGGAUGAUGAUGAAGACUAAGGGAGGUCGCACCUUGCCCGGUAGUGAUAGGAAAUGGCUGGAAACAGCCGAAUCUGACAGACGGACCAACCCCUUUUGCCAUGUCACAGGCUCUACCGGCUCGCAGCAAUCAGCGGCCGGCUCAGUCAUUGGACCCCAGUACAAAGGAUUACCACAACGAC